AUGUCUGAUUACUAUCGAGACAGGUGCCGCCACGGCGGAAUUUUCUCCAACAACUUCAUCAACUUCUGGUGGAAUCGGCAGGUAAUCACAAAUCAAUAUGGAAGGCCAGGCCGAGCAAAGUCCAAGUGGGGUGAAGACACUAUCGAAGGUGAUAUUUCUGAGUCGGAGCUCGCUAUGAAUCGUCGCGAUCAGAAUAUCGACAACGAGGCCAAUCGGUUUCGAGAUGAUGAUUACUACGCCUCGAAAGAGUUUGACCUCGGUCAAAUCAACGUCCCUGUUCUGUCAGUGGCAAACUGGGGUGGCAUUCUGCUUCAUCUUCGGGGCAACAUCCAAGGUUACCAGUGGGCCGGCUCCAAGAACAAGUUCUUGCGCUUUAUCGUAGGACGCCAUGAUUUGCCGUUCUACUAUAAAGAAGAGGUCGACGUCCAGAAAAGCUUCUUGGACGCCUUUUUGAAAGGUGAGGACAAGGAUGGCUGGUCAACAGGAGAAGUGCCGCCUGUGAGCGUUUGUCUCCGCAAGGGAGACGUUGGUUCUAAUAAUCCGCAAGCUGAAAAGCUUUUUGGCCGUCGAGACGAGAAAGAGUGGCCUAUAGUACGCACCAAGUACACCAAGUAUUAUCUGUCGAGCUUAGGUAGUCUCACCACGGACUUUCUACCCGAAAACACCAAGAUCUCGUACGAGGCGCUUGGCAGUAUGGAGAAUCAGAAUUUGAUCCAGUUCACCACUCAACCAUUCGAGCACGAGACGGAGUUCACUGGCCACAUUGUGUCUCGACUGAGUGUUUCCGCUACCUCCGCCACCAGCCCCCCUCCCGAAAACUUCGAUCUAGAUAUUUUUGUUACUCUGCGGCACAUUUCUCCCGCGGGAAAGGAGGUCUUGUACACCGGCUCCUCUGGCGACAAUGUCCCCGUUUGCAAAGGCUGGCUGCGCGUCAGCCUGCGAAAGACCAACGAGAACCACCCGCGCCACCGAGAAUAUUUACCUUACAGGGAGUAUCUUUCCACUGAUGUGCAGAAGGUUGAGAACGACAAGAUCUACACCGUUGAUAUCGAAUUGUGGCCGACUAAUGUCGUGGUGGAAAAGGGAGGAAAGCUCAUUUUCGAGGUCAGUUCGGGCGACACUCAAGGCAGUGGUUUGUUUAAACACACGAAUGAAAAGGAUCGGUAA